AACAUUCAUACCGUCUAUUCCGUAUUGCACCUCACCAUUGUUCUUAAGUCUGUUGAUUCGCGCCUUAGCACACUCAGCUGUUAGUAGACCCAGCACGUACCAUCACUCUUGUCGUAUUAAGCACUGCCGAGACGUGCGAACAAAAUGUCAGCCACGGAAUCACCUAAGGCACCCACGGCAGACGACACUACAACCCCACAGCCCACGGCAGACGACACUACAACCCCACAGCCCACACCUGACCAGAAUCAGGAGGUCACCUUCGAAGCCAAACACGUGCACGAUGUGUACGAGAGUAUAGCCGGCCACUUCAGUCAUACACGCUAUAAACCAUGGCCUCAG